AUGUACUAUCACAACAACAAUUCUUCUACCGGCCUCUACCCCAUGGCCAGCGGUAGUGCCCCUGUUUCCAGCAAUCCACAGGACUGCACCAUAGGCGUCGGCCCCAGUGCUAGCGCACCGCUUGGUUCUUCGUCUUCUCUGAACCAUGGAAUUAACCCUAUGGCCUUGUCGUACACCGCUGAUACUGUUAACGAGCAGCAGACCGCGGUUGCGCCAGCUUGUGCUAACAGUAUGCCCUUGACCUUGUCACCCUCCUUUGGUGGAUCUAACGCUUCAGGCUUUGCGGGUAUUGCUUUGAGCACCGUUUCAAUGGGCCACAACGGGCAGUCGAUUUAUUCACCUCAUCACCUUCCGUCGGGUGCCUACUACGAGCCGUCGCAAUUUAUUACCCCGGUUACGGAGAUGGCACCUAGCUACUCGGCGCUCCCACCUGGUGGCAACGCUUCUUCAUCAUCCGGCAUGCCUCACGAUGGCCGCAUUCAAGCCAUGUACCCAGGCUCGGCAGCCUCGUCGUACCAUCCAAGCGGGAACUCAUUUGAACGGUUUGGCGACUUUAAUGCCACCUGCUCUGCUUGUCUCUAUUCCUCCUAA